CGAAUAUGGAAAUCAUUCUGGGUCACCACUUCGAUUCUCGGAAGAGUUGGUAUUAUCAAAUUUACCGGUACCGGAGACACAUCCAUCGUAGCCGCAGGCCUCACUAAUAGUAACACCACCACAACGAUCUAUGAGUUUGACGCGCCCACGCUCGAGACGUCGAGCCCCCCUCAAAGGGCACACUAUUGUCAUCAGUGGUCUAGCACUCUCAUCUGAUUGUGCUCUUCUCGCUAGCUCUUCCUAUGACAGAACCAUUAAGCUCUGGGCUUUCAAGUCCCGCCAGCUCCUCGCUUCAUUCGACGUCGAGUCUCCCCACGCCCUUGUCCUCUCACCCGAUUCGCGCCAGCUGGCUUACACGCUUAUGAAUAACGGCAAUAUCUAUAUAUGCAACAUUCCAGCCGGCAUCCUUGCUAGCAUUGGGCUUGCAGAAGAAUCGCAGUCUAGUACCAGUAAAUCUAAACGUUCACGCCAUCCUGAUCUACUCAAUUCCGAUGCAACACGUCGUCCCAUGCGCCGUAAACCGGUGAUAACAUCUGUCGUGUCACCCAUCCCCCGACCUUUGCCCACAAGGGACCCACAUACUUUCCUUCCUUUUCUACGCAAGCUCCUUCCCUCCUCUUCUCGUAUGGACGCGACUCACACCGAUAAGCCUCGUAAUCUCCUAGACUUCCCUGCUACAUCCCCCCUACCUCGUCCACCUAUACAACCAGACGAGAACUCUCAACCCAUACCGGCACCACCCACCAGCCAAUCUUCCGCUAUCAAUACUUCCGCAACCCUCAAAUCCAGCCUACAUCGACUACCAACGUGGCGCCCCCUUCAGACAGAUCAUGCAUCGCCGGCUAUCGUCGAUGUUCCUCUCGCGCCGGGUAAACUGCGGUACGCCACAGCAGGUGCUCCCGGCGAUGAUGAUGACCUGAUACGCGACGAAGACUAUGUUUCCCCCCCUCCUUCCCCCAAUCUCGGCUCUCGCGCACGGAUUGUCAACGCUGGGCAACAUGGAAGUGGCCGGUUUUGUUUCUGUUUCUAACUGAUCUCAAGCUUUUCCCCUGAUGUCUCAUAACUGUAAUCGUUGCCCCUUACAUGCGUCGUCCUCUGUACACUUAUGUCGAAUUCAGAAAACAACCAGCGUUGAACGUUGAAGUAUCAUUUCUAUUUCUAAAGUCUCGCCAAAACUGAUGCUUUUCGAAGCAAACGUGUAUUGCGCGAGUUUCUGCCGUUGCACGUGUGUUUGACAAACAUGAUACCAGCCUUCUUUCUACGUAGUACUCCUCGUCAUAAAGAGCCUGAGUUACUUUGCCACUGAUCUGCUA